GACUGGGUGGGGAGGAGACUCAGGAGAGUGACUCGUAGGUGUCAGUCCAGCUCUGUUCCUUGUGGCUGACAGUGCGAGUAUCUUCCUGGCUGACGACUGUACUAGUAUCUUCUUGGCUGACUACGAUUACCUCCUUGGCUGACACUGCAACACCCCACAUGACACUGGCUCGGUGACAAUGGCGCGCCGCAUCUUUCCCUCACACCUCCUCCUGGCGGUCGUCUUGGUCACUCUAGCACUCCCCAGUAACGCGAAGAUCGACAGGUGCUUCCGCCAAGAGGUGCCAGAAGUGCCAAGACCUAACUUCACCAAGGGCGUGGCCAGAUUCAGUUUGAAUCUCUUCAAAGGGGUGGUGAAGGCGCAGAAGGCUGGGGAGAACGUGGUGAUAUCUCCCUAUAGUGUGUGGAGCGCCCUCAGCCUAGCCUUCUUUGGUGCUCAGGGCAGGACCAAAGACCAGCUGGGGGAGGUCCUCUUCCUCACCACCAAGACCUCGACUUAUAGCCACUGGAGGUUCAUACAAAGCAUGUUAUCAUCAGACUGGGCCAUAAUCAAGAAUGCUGGCAAGAGAAAGAAGCGCACGAGUAGCGGUAUGAGCAGCAGUAGUAGUAGUAGUAGUGUUGGUAGCAGAGACAGUAGCAACAGCAAGAGUAGUAGUAGUACAAGCAGAAGUAGUAGUAGUAGUAGUACGAGUUUUCUAAGUACUACCAAAGCGUACUUCAAUAAAGGUCUGACUCUUGAUACCUGCAUGGUUUCAUCACUGGGAGAACUAGAGACCAUAGACUUUACCAGUACCAUCACGGCAGCACUGAAAAUCAACGCAGACGUGAGUGCAGCCACCAAAGGAGAGAUCCAGUCCUUGGUGGAACCUCGUGCCCUAGCCAAAGUACAGUUUCUCCUCCUCAAUGCGGUGUUCUUCAAGGGCAGUUGGCUGACUCAAUUCCCCAAGGAGAGAACAAUGGUGAGGGACUUCCACUCCACACCAGAGGUCAACGGUGGUCCUGUCCCCAUGAUGAACGUCGUCGGCAAGUUUAGAUAUGCUUACCGGUCAGAUUUAAAUGCCUCCAUCAUUGAGCUCCCCUACGAGUCCGGAUUCUCGCUGCUGGUGCUCCUGCCGGCUGUGGGAGACCAGAGAGCGGAGGCCGUGGUGAAGAAGCUAUCCCACCGCAAGCUGGAGAACGCUGUAGGCCAGAUGACGGAGAUGGAAGUAGAGGUGACCAUCCCGAAGUUCUCCCUCACCACCAAAUUGACUCAAGAGCUCAUACAGGUAUUGAGUGACAUGGGGGUGGUGGACCUAUUCACGCAGGCUGCUGACCUGAGAGCCUUCACCCAGUCUGAUCUACACGUGGACUCCGCCGUGCACCUUGCCUCAUUACGCCUGACAGAGGAGGGUACUGUUGCUGCUGCCGCCACAGGUCUCUUAGGCACAAGGAUCGGGCCUACCAAGUUUGUGUGUGACCGACCAUUUGUGUUCAUUUUGGUGGACACCUUGAUGCGCGUACCUGUCUUUACUGGCAUCUACAACAGGCCCCCGGACAUCUGCAAUGAAGCCCGUCGCUGCUGCUGCUUCGGUGCCUUCUUCAGACACCUCCAUGAACGCCUUGUGUAUGCUUUUGGUGAUGGCGAGCCCUGGUUUAUUCACGAAGUCAGUCAGGUUACUCGUGGUGUCGUUGAAGAGGUCAUUGAUGCCAAGGUUCUGAAGAGCCUGUUUUGGGGAGAAGGAGAAAAGUACCGUGAUCACAACAACCUCACUACGCUACAUUGUAACAACUCUCGAACCACCACCACCAACGGGAGCUUAUUGACCGUUUACCUGAACCAACACCCACAGCCAGGUGCUAUAUCUGACCUUCACUCACCUCACAGAAUGGAGGGACCAAGAAGGCAGGCAGUGUUGGUGAUGGCGACGGUGGCAGUGCUCAUCAACACCCCAGUCUGUAUGGGCCAAGUCAAUCACUGCUUCCCCGGCGAGGAAUUACAAGUAGCGCCUACAAACUUCGCCCGCAAUGUUGAAAACUUCGGCCUCGACUUCUUCAGGCAGUUGACCUUGGCCAAUCCGGGAUCGAGUUUGUUCUUGUCCCCUUACAGCGUGUGGAGUGCCCUCACCCUGGCAUAUUUCGGCUCUAAAGGAAACACCAAGGCACAGUUUGAUCGCGUCAUGGGCACAGAUACCAAGACUGGCACUUACUUUGGCUGGGGGACCCUUAAGCUACUGCUGGAGUCUGACCCCACAGGAGUCAAUGGUGCACGGUUCAAGAGUUCCAACGUGGCCUACUUCUCCGACCAGCUGCAAUUGGACGCUUGCCUGAAAAACAUCAUCACUGACCUCCGCCAGAUUGACUUCACCAACCCCCAGGCUGCACGAAGCCUCAUCAAUGGGGAAGUGAACAGGACAACUGAAGGCAGGAUCCCCGAGUUGAUAGAUCAGCUCUCCAGAGACACGCGUUUUGCCCUGGUCAAUGCCGUCUUCUUCAGGGGACUCUGGGCGAAGGCCUUCAGACCCGAGCUGACCCGCGAACAGGACUUCCUUGUGCCGCCUGGGGUUUCAGACGGGAGGGUACAGAUGAUGGUGGCUCUCAACGAAACUUUCAACUAUGGAGAAUCGACUGUCUUGGACGCGCGCGUCUUGGAGCUCCCUUACCGUAACUCCAGCUUCUCUAUGUUCGUAUUCUUGCCCAAGACCUUCAGUACUGCCUCCAUCCUCGACAACCUCAACUCCCAGUCCUUCAGUGAGGUGUACUCAUCCAUGAUUUUCAGGACGGUCAACAUUGUUGGCUUACCAAAGUUCAAAUUGAAUUCCAAGCUUGAGACAGAACUCAUAAGUACAAUAUCUAGGAUGGGCAUCAGUGAUGUGUUUGAUCCUACCAGAGCUGACCUGACGGAUUUCACAAGGUUGGCAAACCUGUUCAUCGACAAAGCCAUACACCAGGCCACUGUGGAGGUCACUGAGGAAGGCACCGUCGCUGCCGCUGCUACAGUAUUCAUCAACACGCGUUUUGGGGGACCUGGACCUAUCCAGGACUUUGUGGUUAACCGACCCUUUGUGUUUACCAUCACUGAUAAGGCCAGUGCCAUCACCCUCUUCGCUGGCCAUGUUGUCAGAUCCAUUGACCUCGAGAAAAUUGUUUAAAUGACACACACACACACACACACACACACACACCCAAAGACUGAACAUAAGAAUAAAAUUUAUACAGAAUUAUAGAAAAGAAAACAAGACUGAGGUACUUAGUUUGUUUGGUCUGUGUAACAGUCACCAUCUGUGUAGUUAAAGAAAUUGAGGUAGAGAGGGUUUUGCUGCUGUGACAGACAUGAGAGAAGAAAGUAAAAACUAAAAAGACAAACAUGAGAUGGAGAGAGGAAGAGAUCGAUAGAGAUGGAUGGGAAUUGUGUUUACCAGUGAAAGAUAAUUAUGGUAUUUUUAAGUGAAGGAAGAAAAAAAAGGCAAUAAUUAUGUUUUUUAAGUGAAAGGGAGAGAAAAAAUAGUUAAUAAUGGUGUUUGUAAGUGAAGGAAGGAAGGAUAGACUAGCUAGGCCCACACAUUAUCUGUUACCUCUGACCAGAACAGAACACUACCUAUUUUCUUCCCUAAAACUGCUAUAUAUAUUUUUUAACACUGUAAGGAAUGAAAUCCAUAUCAUGUAUUAUUUGUAUUAACGUCAAAACAUUCAAGUACUGUACCCUGUUUUGUAAAAAAAUAAGACUUGCUGUAUUGCCAUAAUUUUAAGUUGUUUUUAGCGGUUAUUUUUCCGUUUGCCAAAUAAAAUAAUAAAAUGU